AUGCUUCUUGUUUCAUUGCCAGGAAGCGGAAACACUUGGUUUAGACAGCUAUUCGAAGAAACUACUGGUUUUUAUACUGGCAGCGCAUAUUUCGACGAUGCUCUCAUCUCCGGAGGACUUCUUGGAGAAGCUACCCGAUUUGAAGACGGACAGACUCCACUUGUAAAAACGCAUAGUGUCAAGCAUGCUGAUUUUUCAAAGGCGCAAGGAGCAAUCCUCCUGAUUCGAAAUCCAUACGAUGCGACAGUUGCAGAAUGGAAACGAAAACGAACCAAGUCGCAUACUGGCAUUCCCAGUGAGGCCAUUUUUCAAGACGGUUUAUUUGAUCAAUUCGCGAAGAAAAAUCUACUUCGCUGGCGAAAGCUGGUAUACGAAGUUUUCAAUCAUAUGUCUUUUCUGAGAAAGAAGGUGAAAAUCAUUUACUACGAAGAUUUAAUGAGAAAUGCAACUGCUGAGCUUCAAAAAGUACUUGACUUUUACAAAACCGAGAUCAAUUGGGAUCCAGAAAUUUCUUGGAAAGUGAAUGUCGAAGGUCAAUUUCACCGGCAAAGUCAGAAACCGACGAUAGAAUAUUUUAGCGAAUCGUUGAUCGAUCAAGGCGAUUAUAAUAUCGAUGCUCUUAAGAAGUUCUUAAUGCUUGCGAAUGAGCCUGUUUUCAAUAGAGGUGAAUACUCUCGUGGAAAGAAAGUCGAGUUUGAAUACCUUGAAGAAGAUAUUCUCAAAAAUAAGAAUGCUGCACAUAGAUAUAAGGCUUCUUAUGCAGCCAACCAGCAAGGAAAACUUCCUCGAAAUUAUUUCCAAGACCCGUUGAUGUUGUGGAAAAAUGAAUGUUCUCCACAAGAUGGCGUUAUUUUUCUGAGAAAGCAUAAAUCUGCCUCUUCCACUCUAAAAGCAAUGGCGGAGAAAUUCCUCGAAACUAUCGGAGUUGAAUCAGAAGAGCCGUUUAGUGGUCCCCUAGGAGGUUGUUUUCCAGCUAAAUUUGAUGAGCGAUGCUGGUCAGGUUCAAUGAGGAAUGACCCUGUGCUGGCGAUGACGUUUCAUUUUCGAUGGAAUCCGGAAUACUUGCCGAGUAUUCUUGACAAAAAUCGGCGAAAAGUGAAAACCUUCACAUCCAUAAGAAAUCCUCUUGAUGUCUUUCGGUCUGCACUGAGUUUCUUCAAUAGACAGGAAUUUGCAAAAAACUGCGAAUUCGUUUGCUGGGGAGAACCUUAUCGCUCACUUCUAGGAAAAUCAAGUGAGCAAACGACAGCUAAUGAGGUGAUAGAAUCCAUGCCACAGAAUUUCAGCAUUGAUCAUCCGCUGUCAUUCCGAGUUAGCAAUAUGCAGAGCUUCGAGCUUGGAAUGCAUCUGGACAGGUUAAAUGACACGAAUUAUGUCCAUGAAACUCUCCAAAAAUUGGAGAAACAGUUCGAUCUGGUGAUCUUGGCGGAGCGUUUUAUGGAAGGAGUUGUCCUACUAAAACAUAUGCUUUGUUGCGAAUACGAAGAUCUUUAUGUCUCGUCGAGAAAUAUCAGAGAAUACGAGAAGACAGAACUGACCAAAGAACAGCUCAAAAUCUUCAGUGAUUUCAACAAAGCUGAUUUGAUGAUGUACGACUUUUUUAACCAUUCGUUUGAGCGAAAAAUUCAAGCCUUUGGGAAAGAGAGAUUCGAUGACGAGUUGCGCAUUGCAAAGGAAACAUUUAACAAAUGCGAAAGCAAUGAGUUGGACUGCGGUCUAACUCGGAAAAAGAUCGCGCCAUCGUCAGUGAAAAUAAACACUCCGUCACUUUCUUUAGACGAAUUUCUAAGUCUUGUCCGCGAGAACAAGGGACAAUGUGAAAAUGAAUUCCACUUUUAUAGAGUCAUAAAGAAGAUCAAGAGCGGAGAGCCACCAAAGUUAGACCAAGCUGAUGAUCUUAAAAGAUGUCUGCAAAUUAUUGAAACGAAAAAGCAAUUAAAUGAUACAUGA